UCAAGUCACCGCUUCGCAACCACCGCCUGGCUCCAUCAAGACCCGCAGUCUCAGCUCCAAGCCACCGCUUCAGCAGGGAGGCAUCAUGGGCUUUCUGAAGUUCUCCCCUUUCCUGGUUGUCAGCAUCUUGCUCCUGUACCAGGCAUGCAGCCUCCAGGCAGUGCCUUUGAGGUCAAUUUUGGAAAGCAGCCCAGGCAUAGCCACUCUCAGCGAAGAAGAAGCUCGUCUGCUGGCUGCACUGGUGCAGGACUAUAUGCAGAUGAAAGCCAGGGAACUGGAGCAGGAGGAGGAACAGGAGGCUGAGGGCUCUAGCUUGGACAGCCCCAGAUCUAAGCGGUGUGGGAAUCUGAGUACCUGCAUGCUGGGCACGUACACACAAGACCUCAACAAGUUUCACACCUUCCCCCAAACUUCAAUUGGGGUUGGAGCACCUGGCAAGAAAAGGGAUAUGGCCAAGGACUUGGAGACAAACCACCGCCCCCAUUUUGGCAACUAAGCUCCUCCUCCCCUUCCUAGUUUCCAUCUUGCUUUCUUCCUAUAACUUGAUGCAUGUAGUUCCUCUCUGGUUGCUCUCCAGGCUAUUACUGGUUGCUUUCCUGAGGCAAAAGAUGGUAUCUGGAAUCCCCAGUGGGUGAGGAGAAAGGGCCCACAGGCUAAAAGAGAAUCACCCAGGAAGAUGGCGGAGAGCAAGGGCAGUCAUCUGGCUUCGUAGUAGAGUUUCUCAGGCUUGCUUCUUGAGUUCGU